GGUUAUAUAACAUGUCAGUCUUAUGUUUUAGUAAGUUUACCGUUAAUAAAGAACUGCAGCAUGAAGGCAUGUGAGCAUACUGAGUCUCAACUUCUUGCUUUUCAGUGCUUUUACAUGUCAGACUAUUAAACAGGUGUCAUUUUUUUUGCUCUCUAAUAAUGUUAAAUGACAAAAUUGAUGCGAUCAUCGGGUUAGUGCCUAAAGUGGAACCGAACGUCCCUCAUGCUCAUGACGGUCAUAAAUUUAGGCUAGACAAAAUAAGUUUUAAAAUUUGUCUGUAAUGCUACGUGUGAAGCCUGUGUUGAAUUCACUGCUGCUCUGAAUAAAGCCUGAAGCAACAUUAAUGUAAAAGUCACUUAUGUCUGAAUGAUAAAAAAGCCAUCAUUCUAACAUGAAGAUGAAGCUGGCAUGUAUGACAUAGAGUACAAGAUUACAUAUUCCAUGUCUGGAAGUGUUUUAUCCCAACAAUUGUGGCCAUUCUAACCAGGGGUCUUGCUAAGUUUGGACUGCUGUUGUACAGAUUACAUGAAAUGCGACCUCAGCAAAGCAACAUAUCAGACAGGACAAGCAGCACAAGCCGCCUAAGGCUCUUCAAAUAAACUUCAGUUUUCCAUAAAUCAUUUCAACCAGAUUUGUCUCAACCAGAAGGGACUGCAGGAAGUGGUCCCCUGGAUCAGCUAGCCGCAAAGGGAAAAGAAUAUGAAAAAUGAAGAAAUGAGCACCACCGUUCUCAUGAAUCUGGAAUGGACAGAUUAUCGGUUGUCAUGGACACCCAAGCAAUAUGACGGGAUUGAGGUGUUGCGUAUCCCUUCGGGGAAGGUUUGGCUGCCUGACAUUGUCCUCAUCAAUAAUAAUGAUGGGGUGUUUGAUGUGGCCCUGCACGUCCAUGUUCAAGUUUAUAGUAAUGGCAGAGUAACCUGGACUCCCCCCGCACUCUACUGCAGCUCCUGUGGAGUUAAGGUAACAUAUUUCCCCUUUGACUGGCAAAACUGCACCAUGCAGUUCCGCUCCUACACGUACGACUCGACAGAGAUCGACAUACAGUAUGCGCUGGACUCAAGAGGCAAUGAGAUCAGGGAAAUCCAGCUGGAUGAAGCUUUCAGUGAGAGCGGUGAGUGGCACAUCAGACACAGGCCGAGCAGGAAGAACACGAAUGAUGACCUGUAUGAGGAAAUGACCUUCUACCUGAUCAUCGAGAGAAAGCCUCUGUACUACGUGUUGAACAUCAUCCUCCCCUGCAUCCUCAUCACCAUCAUCGCCAUCUUUAACUUCUACUUGCCUCCUGAUGCAGGAGAGAAGAUGGGUCUGUCGAUCAACGUGUUGCUCACCCUCACCGUGUUCCUGCUGCUGCUUGCUGAUAAAAUCCCUGAGACGUCACUGGGUGUCCCCAUCAUUGUCAACUACAUCAUGUUCACCAUGAUCCUGGUCACAUUUUCUGUCAUCCUCAGUGUGGUCGUCCUCAACCUGCACCACCGCUCGCCCAACACCCACCAGAUGCCCAUGUGGGUUCGCAAGAUCUUCAUCCACAUGCUGCCUCCUUACCUGGGCAUGCUGCGGCCAAAAGUCGAAACCCCCCUGUCCCUGGAGGUCAUUCCCCGCCCAGAGAAAAAGAAGAUCUCUAUCAGCAAAGUGGCUGAUGAAUACUUUAUCCGCAAGCCUGACUCCUCCAUUUUGUUCCCCAAGCCCAACAGGUUUCAGCCUGAGGGCAUGUGUACAGAUCUGAGAAAGUUCAUUGACGGCCCCAGCAGUUACCUCACACUACCUAGCGAGCUCAAGUCAGCCAUAGAGGCCAUCACAUAUAUCGCUGAGGCCCUGCAGGCUGAGAAGGACUACGAAGCUCUGAAGGAGGACUGGCAGUACGUGGCCAUGGUGGUGGACCGUAUGUUCCUCUGGAUCUUUGUCAUCUUCACCACUGUCGGCACAUUGGCCAUCUUUGCUGAUGCCAGCUUUAACCACACACCCACCGAUCCCUUCAAAUCCCCCUGAAGCAGUGGGACAUUUGGUUUUCCUUAGCUAUACCCAUUGUGAUGUAUGACCCCGGCAAAUAGGGAAGAAAACAUCACUGUGUUAGAUGACUGAAAAUGAUCUUCUUGGUGUAGUUCACCCUGAGCCCACUGUGAGAAAACAACUGAGAAUUUCUUGUAUGUCCUUCAGGCGAGAAACUUCUCCAUCCCACCUCAUGAUAUCCACUGUCAUCUUGCGUCUUGGAAAGUGCUGCACUGAGCAUUGUGGUUUGUCAGCUGAAUGAGCAACAGUGCUAAAGAGCUUCCCAGCCUCCGUAUUGUUGCCUUAAAAUGUCUUGCUGUCUCUCCAUAUACAUCAUGUAAACUAGCCAAAAGACACUGAUAGUUGCAUGAAAUAUACCAAGCAAGUCAAUGUUAGCCUAUUUGACAUGCGUAUAAAUACAUAAAUCUAAGCUACUGGUGUGUUGUAUUUUUUUUUUUUUUUUUG